ACAACGGUUGAUGAAGGUAUUUGUUAAAUGCAGAUUACGUCUCGGGCAAUAGCUCAUAUAUUUUUCCAAAUUCAGCCUUCUAUGCCUACAGCGUUGGAAAUUCUUACGGAAAACAGAAUCACUGGUUUUCCCGUCUAUGACAAUGAAUGGAAAUUGGUUGGUCCUGUUUCAGAUUAUUACUUAUUGGCAUUGGAGUCCAUAUCAGAUGGGUGCAUUCCAUUGCCAGGAAGGAGUUGCACCAUUCACUUCUGCAAAGUAAGAGCUAGCAGCUUUGUCAAACUCUUAUGGCUUUGGAAGAACAAAUUCCUCCCUGUUGUUCACUUCUGCAGCAUAGAACAGAUUGAUUACAUUUUAUUGCUUUGGACUUUUGAAAAUUUGAGCCAUUAGUGUCUUUCUCCAAAUACUGAGUGCAUCCACCACUUUCAAAGCCACAACUAAUAGAAAUGACCCUAGGGUCUUUAUGGUAGAUUUUGAUAUAUAUAUAUAUUUGUUCUCCCUUGUCUUGUGUCUGAUAUUGUUGGAGUAUUCUUUUAUUUUGUUUUAGACGGGGUCAUGUUUUUGGGAAUCUUGAAAUAUCAAUUAGUUUUUGUUGUUAGUAUGGACCAAAUAGGUUUGCUGGGAAAAGUGCCAUAAUGGUGAGUUUUACAAAUAAAUAAGAAUUGUUGUUUGCUCAUUUAUUUCCAGCAUUUUAAGGUACCCUAAUUUAAACUGGGUUUCAACUGUUUGAUGUGGUACGUGUGUCUAAUUCUUGUUCCUUCAGGUUUGAAAUUGUAACAUGAUUAAUUGGCAUUGGCUUAUGCUCUAUUAUUCUUCUCAAUGAAAUAAACCAAUUAG